UACUUAUAUGUGUAUGUUUGUGUACAUGAUAUUUUAUUUUUAUUUAUUUAUUUUUAUAUUUUAUUUUUAAUAUUGGUAUAUAUAAUUAUUUAACUUAGUGUAUGUGUAGUUUUCCUAUUCCUUUCAUUAUUUCUUGCACUACCAUUUUUGAAAUGUCUAUUCUUUAUUUCCUGCUACCCUAAGGUUGUCUGGUAGAGAUCGCUUACAGCGAUAAGACCGCCUGUUGCUACCUAUGUUUAAUGUCUGCUAUUUGUAAUCUGUUAUCCUUGUGGUGCAAUAAAGAAUAUUUACUUACUUACUUAAUUAUACUACUGAAUGUAAUAAGUUACUAUUAAUAAGCUUGGCAAUAAAUUUCUAUUAUGCAUUUCAGAGUACAAUGUUCUUAAAGAACAUAACUACUGUUUGAAUCAAGAAGAAGGGGAUGACACCACAGUACAAGAGCCAGUUACGCUAAUGGCCAUGUCAGGUCUUGUUCACCUGCAAGAACAUCUUUAUGCACUACCUUCGCCAAGUCAAACAGAUGUCAGAUCAAAGUCUAUGGACAAAGCGGAUGUCCUUCCAGAAGAACUUCAAAACCCAGUUCCUUCAACAUCAGCGCUGCCGACAGCUACUGAGAAUCAUGGCAUCAUAGACGAACGAAUGAAUAUGCCGAUGGAUACCAUGCAGACUACAGCUGAAGCUGUAACCUUUUUUGACGAACCGUUUGACUCUGUGAAUGGAUCACCAGGGCAAGGAAAAGGCAAACUUCGAUGCGCUGUCAAAGCAAAUUCAGAUCAUAUUGAAUUUUGGGAAAGAGCGUUACGCAUAUUACAAAAUAUAACGUUUAUAGACGAGAAUAGUAAGCUGGCUAAACGGUUUCUUCAACCAAGACAAGUGAGAGUUCCUUGCUUAGAAGGGUGGAUCACGACGUUGAAUAGUUUUCUGGGCCUAUCCAAAUUUCUAUUUACCGAACACAAAGUAGAGUACUUUUAUACCAAAUUCCUGAAUCAGGAUCCCCUGGAGAACUUCUUUGGUCGUAUAAGAGCUCUUAAUUAUAGAAAUGUUAAUCCAGACGCCAACACCUUUAUAUAUAGCUUUAAGUCUUUAGUUUUAAGCAAUAUUAUAGCUCCACAAUCAAAAGUAAUGAAUUGUGAAGACGAUGACGGCGAUACUAUUAUUAAGUUAUUAUUUUAUUUAUUUAUUAUACUCAGAAUUACAAAACAUAACUUAAAUACAAUGCUCCACAAAACUACAAUUAGUUUGACUGUGGUGAGUGUGGAGUCGUUUCAGUCUCUUUUAUACAGUUUUCUUAUUAAAUAUAGUUAAAUAUACAAAUUAAUAUAUAUAACUUCUAAAUGUGUUAUGUACUUAGUUUGAAGUAGGCAGGAUCGCUUAUUAUAGAGUAUCCAAGAGAUGUUUUUUAAGAGCCUUUUAAAAGUACUUUUUUUGGAUUCCAGUACUAUAUCCCCGGGCAAAGAGUUCAAGAGAUAAGGUAUUCGUUUUUGAAGCGUUCUGUCGCCAUAAUAAUUUGACACUCUGGGUACUACAUAUUUGCCCGCGGAUAUCGACCUGGUGUUGUGGCUAUGGUUGACUAGUUCAAGAUGGUCCUGUCUGCCAUGGUUUUUCAAGGCCAACAUAUAUUUAAGUUUGGAUGAUAUGGGUAGAAUUUUACAUAUUUUAAAUAAUUGUUUGUAGUCUUUAUUGCAACUGUUUUUAACUUUUUUACUGACUAGCAAUUUUAAAAAACGGGUUUGUAAAUUUUCUAGCUUAUCUAUAUUAGUUUUAAAAGUGAGGCCAUAGCAGUCAAGACCAUAGCUGAUAAUAGAGUCUAUUAGAGAAUUGUAUAUACAUUUUAGUGUGCGGAUAGGAACUUUAAAACUUAGAUUACUAAUUUAAAACAACUAAAAAACCGAAAAGCCCAGCUCAAAGCGAAACUGAAAAUGCGUCAAAAAAUGUAAUUACGCCGUCGUCGUCUUCACUUACAAGAGAAUCUGCAAACACGGAAAGAAUGAAAGUCCAAAUAUCUGCAUACACUGCAGGGUAUUUAUGCAGAAAACUAACAAAAAAGAUAAACGCUUGCUCCAAAUCUUAUACCACCAAAGAACACCAGGGUAUCCAUGAAUAUAUACGUCACAGGGAAUAUAAAAGAUUAAAAAAUCAUAAUUUAAGUUAUCCCAAUGGAAAAUUUUUGAUAGUGUCGUGCCAUCUGAAUAAUGUGAAAAAGACAAUAACACAAAUCAUAAAAUCUCGAUUUAACUUGUCUUGGUUAGGUUGCAGAGACCACCAGAUACCGGUAACCCAGCUAGCUACAUAUUAGUAAUCUGUGAUGUAGUUUCUAUACCUAUGUAUAAGACUAGCAACAGUAGCAACAUUAAUAUUUAUGGUUGUAACAUGUACCAAAUACUAUGUAAACUCUACGAGUUAAUACGUGCAGCUCGGUGCCGAAGUUGGCAACAUGCACACUAGCGCUCCUAGCGGUAUGAGUUGAUCAAAAUAGUUUAGUUUUAUAC